AUGUCAAGCAUCGAGCUGCAGGGGGUCGGCUACGAUGUAACACAGCUGCGCAACACGCUCCUCGGCAGACCGCUCAAGCAGCGGUCACAAGUGACUAAUGAGAUCACCCACAUCGUGAUUGACCUGGGCGUGGAGCAGCAUGUCCCUGGCCUGCGCGACAGGGCUCAGUUUUGCCUGAAGCAGAUACCAAACCUAGCGCGCGCGUUCAUCAGGCACUCCGUGGACGUCUUUGCCACCAGCCUCGAGAAGCGCGCGGCCGCCGGCCAGCAGCGUGCCGGCCAGGCCAGGACCCAGCAGAAGCUGUUUGAGGACCUUGUGCAGCUGGAGCUGCAGCUACGCCAGAUCGCUAGGGCAGAGGCCGAAGCUGCCGCCUGUGCACACGCCGCGGGUGCAGCGGCCUCAGCGUCCGCGGGGUCGUGGGCCUCGGCGCCUGGCGUACGCGAGCGACGGCAGAAGCACGCCGCGGCGGCAGGGGGCCUGGCAGGCCUUAGCCGCAAGGAGAUUGGCCAGCAGAUGCUCAGGAUAGUGGAGGAACUGGCCAAGCCCGUGGCGCAGGCCAUUGAGGAUGUGUCGGCAGAGGAGUCCCUGGCCUUGUUUGAUGCGGACCCGGACUGGCUCGCCACCACUUUCGGCGACGGCCAGUCGGCGGGGGAGCUGUUUGGCCUGCAGAACUACAUCGGCGGCGUCCUUGUGAGCUCUAAGGUUCAGCAGCGCUCUGCCACCCCCAACAACGAGCUGGUUUUUGACUACGUCUGCCAGCUCCGCAAAUUUUUUGCGGGUGCCGCAGACCGCCUGGAGACGUCCCCAUUCAAGGACUGGGUCGGCCACCUGCGGGAGUCGGGCACGCAAGGGGACCCCCAGGGAGCCAAGCUGGAGGCUGUCAAGCGGCAAGUGCAGAGGGAAGAGCACGACAACGUCGAGCAGAAGAGCCUUCAGCCCUUGCAGGAGGCCAAGCAGAACAAGCAGCAGCAGCAGCAGCAGCAGCAGCAGCAGCAGCAGCAGCAGCAGCAGCAGCAGCAGCAAAAUCAGGAGCAGCAGCAAGACCAGCAGGAGAACACACAAGAGCAUGAGACUCACCCACAGCAGAAGGCGAAAAACAGGGAUUCAAUAGCCACGCGCGGGCGGGGCCAGCCGCGCCGAAAGGCACGGUGUGGGACGCUCUGA